AUGGGGCCAUAUCCUUGUACGUCCCGUGGCCGGAAUUUUAAUGUGGAGGUCACGGAUGUCUUCACCUGCUGGGCAGAAGCGUUUGCAGGACCAAACGCGAAGGCCUUCACCGUGCUUGCCCUGCUCGAGCGCGAGUACUUCCCGCGAUACGAGUACCCCGCGGUCCUUCUGACGGACAAUGGGGUGCAGUUCACGGGGAGACACUGGCAAAUGUCCUGCGAGCGAUGGGGGGUGAAGCAUUACACCACACCCACCUACCAUCCACGCACGAAUCUGACUGAAAGGCGAAAUCAGGACAUAAAUAUUUAUCUUUGCAUCCGGUUGGACGAGGAUCAUACCAAGUGGGACCUGCACCUGUCGACAUUGCUGUAUUGCCUGCGCCGUAGGACGAACGUAGUCACGGGCCACUACCCCACCGAACUGGUGCAGGGCCGAAACCACGCCCUGCCUGGAGAAGCGCGAGCACUCAUUAACUCUCACGAGGCGCAUGGCGACGAUCGAUGCGAGGAUGCUCGAUGA